AGGUCAUUUCUUGGGGCUGUGACCUGCUUCCCUCCACUCAUUAACCACCUGUGACGGCAAAUAGGAAAUCUCAAACAUUUAUCAAGCAGAUUUUCACUGGAAAAGCAGCUAUUUCUAUCACUUUUAAGAAGGCGAGGAUGGAGGAAUUUUCUAGUGAAGAGGGCUCUUUCAACUCUGAAGAGGCCAGUAACUCCGUGAAAGAGUGUAUUCAGAGUAUCAUUGGAGAAGAGAGCUACAGACAGGACACUGUGAACCAGUGGACAGCCCAGAUUGUGGAACAAGCCCUCACCCUGCUGGUCAAACAGACUAAGUCAUACAAGUACAUUGUUAGCUGUGCUGUCAUGCAGAAGAGUGGUGCUGGUCUCCACACAGCUAACUCCUGCUACUGGGACACUGUUACUGAUGGGAGCUGCACAGUGAAAUGGGAGAACCGCACCAUGUACUGUGUGGUCAGUGUGUUUGCUGUGGCCUUAACCCCCUAGACCAGGA